GGAUAGGCAACUGCAUGGAAGGUACUUUUUAGACGUCUCGAGAAGCCAAUCCUUUUAUGUUCAGCCUUGUUGGAUUCGAGGGGUGGUGAUCUAAGCGUUGAACUCUUGGGAGAGUGGUGGUGGUCUGUGGAGGCGGGUGAGGAUACUGGGUAUACGAUAUGGGGCCGUCUGACGUGUUAACCUUCCUUUUCUGUAUGCUUGACGUCCGUUUCCAGGGUUCUUAUAUUAGUUGUUCUUUGAUUUUCUUUUUCCUCCUAGAUUUGGACUCUGUGGUAUUAGCUAGUUCCUAUGCAUGUAAGCCUGGUGUCUAUGGUGUAUGUAGCAAUCACUAUUUUAUGUUUGGACCCCUACCUUCUAUGACAUUUCCAGGUUUAAUUGAUCGACAUCAUCAACGACAAAAUGUGACAAUGAUUCAUUUACCACAGUACUGGAACACUCAACGUGAGCUUAAGCUUCACAGAUCCUGUUCCACUUCGAACCCAGUUCAUCCGUGCGCGCGAUUGCGCCCCUAGUUGUCUGUCCAGUUCAACCUAUGUAAUACCUCCGCCUGAGUACACCGCCUGUAUUCUAAAGAGUAGUGGGCUAGGGAACUUCUAACCGGUACUCUCAGCACAGCCCUCACUCGACAUUCUUCAUUAACUGCGGCAGGCCUUCCAAGGCGGACCUUGAACCGAAAGA